AUCACCACCAAAAUGUGCAACAGAUGCCGUCGCCCACCGCCGCCCUGCCCCAUUUGCUGUCCGCCCAGCUGCUGCGAGCCAAGGAUAUGCUACUGCAUCUUUGAUCUGGAGAGUGCGGUGUUCGACACCCGCAACAUCUAUCGCCGCGCAGUCAUCGAUAUCGCAGCCAGCUACAAUCGCGAGGUGCCGGAGCUGGUGCUGCUGCCUAUCGGUGUCAUGGCCACGGGUGAAAUGGCGGAGCUGAUUGUCCGCAAGUGCAAAAUACCCGCCACCUGGGAGCAGUUCCUGCUGCAAGUCAACGAACGCGCCUCGGAGCUCAUCUCCAAUCCGCCGCUGAUGGACGGCGUGGAGCGACUCGUGCGGCACCUCCACAAAUGCUGCAUAACCCUGGCGCUGAUUAGUUCCAGCUGCGAGAAGCUCUACUGCCAGAAGAUACGCGGACGGGAAGCGUUCUUUGAGCACUUUGAAACGUUGAUCUGUGCGGACGAUCCGCAGCUGAAGCGGCCGAAGCCGGAGCCGGAUGUCUAUCUGAUUGCCAUGUCGCGUUUGGGCGAGGCGGACACCGGCAACACCCUGGUGUUCGAUGGCAGCAUCAAGGGCGUGCAGGCGGCAGCGGAUGCUCGGCUGAAGGUCAUCAUGGUGCCCGAAAGGGGGCUGCCCUACUGCUGGUCGGAGUUGUCAGCGCUGCGGCUGGAGUCGCUUGAGCAGUUCAAGCCGGAAUGGUUUGGCAUGGCGCCACUCAGCAAGGAAGCGCCGCGACCUAAGCCCAAGCCGAGUCCAAUGGUUGAGAGUCCAGGACAGUCGAUGGACAAACAGCAGUCUAGGGAAGAGCAAGAGUCCGGGGAGCAGCAGGAGUCCAGGGAACAGCAACAAGAGGGAGAUGAUGCAGGCACGGAAGAGAAGGAGCCAAAGGUAGUUGAAAUUGCUGAAAAUGAGGCGUCUGAUAAGGAAGAAACCGGCUCGAAACGAGCCUCAAGGAACUGGGAUAAGAUCCGAAGUUCGGUGCGGAAAUCAUUGAGACCCAGUCGCAAAGUGGAGAAGGAUAAUGCGUCUACCAAAGAAUAAAAGCCAGCUAAAAAAUCAACUACAAAAUCUCGGGGUUCCAGCUGCA